CGAAGGCUAGGGCUUUCGUUGGCGGUGGCGAAGACGAUCGCGAUCGAGGAAAGCCGGCGCGAUGCAGAUCUUCGUGAAGACCCUCACGGGCAAGACCAUCACUCUAGAGGUCGAGAGCAGCGACACCAUCGACAAUGUCAAGGCCAAGAUCCAAGACAAGGAAGGGAUCCCGCCGGACCAGCAGAGGCUGAUCUUUGCUGGUAAGCAGCUCGAGGACGGGCGGACCCUCGCUGACUACAACAUCCAGAAAGAGUCUACACUGCAUCUUGUACUGAGGCUGAGGGGUGGAAUCAUUGAGCCUUCUCUCAUGGCACUUGCUAGGAAGUACAACCAAGAGAAGAUGAUCUGCAGAAAGUGUUAUGCACGUCUGCAUCCAAGGGCAGUCAAUUGCCGGAAAAAGAAGUGUGGCCACAGCAAUCAGUUGAGGCCAAAGAAGAAGAUCAAGUAAACUACUUGGUUGAUUUUUAUCUGGAUCCAAGAGGCUUUAGAAGAACACCUGCAAUAUAUUGGAUUUUGACUGUUCUGUAGUAGACAAGUAGCAAUACUCUGAGGAUCUUAAAUCUUAAUGACUUGUUGGAUGUUUCCUCAAAUAUUUCUUUUCACUGUUUUUUGUAUUUUUCUAAAUGAGAUUUGACUGCUUCAGUAAUGAUAAUUUUAUGCUCGAGUGUUGCUAUUUGAUCAUAA